UUCUGCCGUGACACGAGCCUCGCGGCAGACCGCACGAGACCGUUCCGCAGCACUGGCUGUGUCAUGAGGGGCGUGGACGCGCGGCGCGGGAGGCGUUCAUAUCUUUGAGCUCUGCACCGCAGUAGCCAGACGUCCGCGUGAGGCUGCCGCGCGCUCAGCUCCGUCUGCUCAACGCUCCUGCCUGAAGGUGCGCUCCGGAGGAAACCCGCGACCCCCCAAAAAAGUCCGGGAGCGCGGGCCCGAUCCGCUCCGCACGCACAGCACGCAUGGCGGCUGCGCACAACGACUACAGGUCGUACCUGCGAAACGACGUGGAAGCGGGCCAGCAGCGCCUCCACGCGGGCCCGAGCUCCGAGUCCAGCCACCGACCGCUGCUGUUCGGGACGCUCGCUGUCAUGGGUCUGCUGCAAGUGGCCUCCAGCGUGGCGAUCCUGCUCCAUCUCACGGGCUAUCUGCAACAGGUGGACCUAUCCACAGCGCCACACCGACCCAUCCAGGAGGUUCAGGCUGCACCAGUACUCGAUGCGCUGAGGGAUCCCAGGAAGGCCAAGAAGCCCAGAGCUCUGCCAUCAGCACACCUCCCCAUCAGAGCUCCUCAAGACUUCAAAAAAAAGGGGAACAGUGCCAUCGUCAUUGAAUGGGAUGGACGGCCGGAAAACCUGCGCCGAAUGUCCUAUCGGAACGGAAAACUCAGGGUAGAGGAGUCAGGCUUCUACUAUGUCUAUGCCAAUACUUGCUUCCGCCACUACAACCUGGAGCCGUACAACAGCAAUCAACGCGAAGACCCCCCUGUGGAUAUUGGCAACCCGACCCAGCUUUUCCAGUACUUUUACCGUGAGAGCAUAAGGCAAAAUGGCAAAGAAAUAGUUUUGAUGAAGACGGGCAGCUCCAUGCGCUGGAACAACACGAGCUUUAACAUGUACUGUGCCCAGCAGAGCCGGGGGGUCUACCUGGUGGAAGGAGAUGCUUUGUUUGUUAAUGUGUCCAACGCAUUCUUACUGGACCAGGAGGCAGAAAAGACCUACUUUGGAGCCAUAAAGUUGGGUAACUGAAAUUUUCCACACAUGGAGUAUCCUACUGAGCUUUUGAAUGACAAAGAACCACUAUCGGCGAGUACAAUGCUUUCAAACUUGUGCCUGGUAAAGUCAUCACACGGAACUGACACCCGCCCUCUGGAAAAUGACAGCCCUCAGGUCAGAUUUCAGCAGUCAGACUGAAGAGUGCACGUGUCUGCCAGUGCUCAAGCAUGGAGGGAGGAUGGCUGCUUGUGGAUUAAAGGAGUGGGGUGGGGUUGGAAUGACAGCCUCAACUGCAAAUACGUGAAUGUUCUCCGGAUGAAUGGGGGGGCCAGACGCCAGUCCUCAAGACUAAUGUUUGGUACUUGCACUGUCAGCAGCACCAAGAAAUCAAACCCGCUGAAACAACAGAAGCAGAUUUGUACAGAUUACUGACCAAGGAUCAAGAAGUCGACAACGUCAUUGAGAGCAGGACCAAUGAGGCUCCAGUUUGGUUCUGGGAUGCAGAUAGCUGGACUGUCUGACCAAACAGGACGAAUAGACUCUGGUCUAGAACUAGAGGAGCCGAGCCAAGUUUGGUUUCUCUUUAAAUUAAAUGUUUUUCAUUCUGCUCUUCCAUGAGCUAAAUGGGAAUAUGCACUAAAUAUUUAUUUAUUAUUCAUUGAAGGACAGAGGCAGGUCAUUGUCACAGUGAGCUGUAUCUACUGUAAAUGUCAUGUCUGUGGGACAUUUAUUAUGCAGCACUUAGAGGGAGGAGCAGACAUGAUUUUUUUUGUUUGUAAGAACACCCGGGCUUCAUUUUGGAUUUUGUAUUUAUGUGUUUUGUGUGGACAAUUUUGUUGAUUUGCUUAUUCAAAAGCAAUGUGGAUAUAUGUUUCAUUCUUCCAAGAUUGUAGCACAGCAUUAAGAGCUUCAGCUGGUUUUUCAUUUAGUUUUAUAAUUAUUUAUGUUUAUGUAUGUUUAAUAAAAACCUACUUUUGUAACUGUG